AUGGCUGGAGAAGUUUUAGUGGAUGCGUUGCCGUACAUAGAUCUUGGUUAUGACGAUCCGGGUGUACGCGAGGCGGCAAUCGCCAUGGUGGAGGAAGAAUGUCGCCGAUAUCGUCCGACAAAAAACUAUUUGGAACAUUUGCCUGCACAAAACACGACUGCAUUCGAGACAGAACUGAUGGCAGCCGAAUUUGAGCGUAUUCAAAACCGGCUGCCGAUGGAACCCCUUAGUAUGAAACGCUACGAACUUCCUCCGCCUCCGGCUGGAAAAAUGAACGAAGUGUCCGCAUGGGGCGAGAGCGUAGACAACUCGAUGGCACAGCUAGAACACCAAGCCGUGCGAGCAAUGAAUCUGGAGCUAAUGGCGGAUUACGGCUGCGAGAUGUGGAAAUCCUACCUUGAAACGCUGGUAACGAUGCAAGCAAAGUGUCAGGCCCGGUUGGCGGAUAUAAAGAAGGAGAUACAGGACGUCAAUUGGGCUCGUAAAACCAAACAAACCCAAGGAGGAGAAAAGCUAAGGUCGCUUGAGGCUCAGUGGGUUAUGUUGGUUUCGAAAAAUUACGAAAUUGAGCAGGCUUGCGCGAAACUUGAGGAAAAAAUAUAUCACAAAAAGCUGGAAAAACAUCUGUCACACGCUCCUGACAAGGCGUAA